GUAAUAAUUAAUUACUUAUUUAUUAAAGAAAAAAUCAUCGCUUUUUUUUUGAUUUAAAUAAACAUGGGAACUUAUUUAUUUAUUCAUUUUCAUAUUCUAAAUAGUUGGGUGUAAUUCUUUUAUUUAUUUGAUUGAAGAAUUUCAGUAAGAUUAAAGGUUCCUGAUGAAUUUGUUUUCUAAUUUAAAAUAGCCAGGGAGCGUAAUGAAUUAAUUUAUGCUCAAUUAGAAUAAAAAUAAUACUCAAUUUAUUUUGACAUAUUCAAAAUAGUCUACAGUAAUUAAUUAAUAUUGUUGUAGAAUUCUAUAUUCUAAGUUGCAUUCUGAUAUUUUAAUAUUCAAUACAGCAAACAGUAAUUAAUUAAUUACAAGUAACAUUUUUAGAAACUGUCUUUUUGCUAGAUAGAAAAUUCAGAUACAAA